AUGAGCGAUCACCUGAGGUUCGCACUCGUGUCGGAGAAAGGCCAGACGGUGGCGCGCUUCACAGCGGCGUCCGCGACGGAUCGUCACAGCUGGCUGACCGACCUGGCCAAGCUCAAGAUCACCCGAGAGAUGUCCCGCAAGCACCGAGCCGAGCUGCUGAAGCGGGCGCGCGGCAGCGGUUCGGUGAUCUUCCUCUCGUCGUCGUCGCGGUCGGUCGGCUCCGGCAUCCAGACCAACAGCAGCGACUCGACCUCGCUGUUGGCCGCCGCCGGCGGCGGCUGCGGUGCCACCUCCAACUCCCUCUCCGCCGCCCACUUCCGCACCGCCACUGAGGCGAUUUCGGUCGACACGUCGGCCUCGUCUUCGUUGCUGCCGGCCGUCGCCGACGUCGGCCACGCAGCAGCGGCGGUGCUCGAGGAGGGCGAGUGGAAGUCGAGCUACGACCCGAUCCUCGCCGCGGUCCUGGGCAAGAUCUACGCCGACGCCGACCGCCUCGAGAGCCUCAUCGCCGCUGCGGGCCAGGGAGCGGCGGCCGCAGCGGCGACCACGGCGGCGGCGGACAGGAAAGAGUGCGUCGGCGACGGCGACGGCCGAUCGCAGGCGCGGAGGGAUAGCGUGCUGACGAUAAGGCCGGCCCUGCACAAGCUGCUGUCGCUGCACGAGAUGCGGGGCGGCGGCGGGCUGGGCGAGCGACAACGAUCGGCCACGUGGGACGGCAAUCCGGACGCGGUGAUGCGGAAGAAGACGAAGAAGAAGAUCACCGGUGGCACGAGCAAGAAGUCGUCGUCUGAGAAGAAAAAGAAGACGACGACGGGCAAGGAGGCAACGACGACGCGGCGCAAGGUGAUGAUGCUCCUGCAGCGUACCUCGCACGACGAAGGGAUCGAUGGUGUGUUCCUCAAAGCUGCAGAGGACCAAGGAACCAACAAAGGUUGUCGUCCUUCUGCUUGA